AUUGCGGUGGUCUGGCAACCUUUUGCCGGGUUGUUGUUACGCGAGCGAUUUUUUUUGGUUUAUUUCUAGUUAAAUUUGUCAAAGAAAUUGGAUAAAAUGCUGAACCUCCGUAGCGCUCAAAGAUUAAGCUUGCGCUCCCUUGUGCCGGCUGCCUACAAAAACGUGGGAUUGGUCAACUACUCCUCGAAGUCUAAAAACAACGAUGGGUACUCCUCCUCGGACGACGAGAAGCCCACGAAGAAGAAGGAUAAACCCACGGAGACGGCAGCACAGCGGUUGAACCGUUUGUUGGGCACAAUGCAAGCCACAGACCAACUCUCUGCAUCAGAUUUCCCACGUCCUGGCGAUGCAAACAGGAAGCGCAGAGAGGCCCAGAAACAGGAGAUCGCUUCUAAGAAUGUCCUGACCGCAGCAAAGAACAUUGCAAGCAUGCUGGGCACGAGCGAGAGCGACAAGAAGCAGACCGAAUCGGAGCUGCUCGCCAAACUCUUAGGCCAUAGUAGAGAAUCUUCUUCAGCUGGGACAGGAGAAGCUCAGGAAACAAAUGCUGCUACAGCAUCUGCCGGCGAUAAGGAGCUUAAUCUAAGCGAACUAAUUGUGGGCAUGAAGAUUGAUCGUCGCCAGCAACCGCAACAGGUGGAGCAGACUCGCGGGGAGUAUGUGCGCCGCUCAUUGGCUUCCAGAAGCAAGUCUCAAGGCAGGGAUGGUCAGUACCAGCGGCCACAGAGGCACAUCAAACGCGAGGCUGAAACCUUUACGGGCAGCGUCAAUCUGUACGGAGGCGAACCUCUUGGGAUCUUCAAGGAUACCACAUUGCCCAUUUCUACAGACAUCCUUUCCACCUGGUCGCAACUAAGCGAGCGGGAGCUUAGCCUACAAGCUGCCCAUCCGCCGGCGAACUAUUUCGAGCAGAUGGUCCUGUGGACGGAUCAGAGCAAGGUGUGGCGCUUCCCCAUCAACAACGAGCAGGAUUGGACCGACGAAGUGAACGUUGACUUCUCGGAGCACAUCUUCCUUGAACAGCAUUUAGAGGACUGGUGUCCCAGUAAGGGACCCAUCCGUCACUUCAUGGAGCUCGUCUGUGUCGGCCUUUCAAAGAAUCCCUAUGUGACCGCGCAGGAGAAAAAGGAUCACAUCUUGUGGUUCCGUGACUACUUUCAAGCCAAGAAGGACAUACUCAAGGAUCUGAUAAGCAAGGAACCGGGCAAAAGUAUUUCCGCCUAAUGUUUUGGUUUGAAUAUUUGUUAAAAAUAUAUUUUUGCUUUAUAAGACCAUCGA